AUCAAGUUGGACUGACAAAGCUGCUGAAAAGUGGCGCAGGUCAAGGGGCGUAGGAUCAGAGCUAGACAGCAGGUGGAUAAGCAAGAGACGGACCAUAUAUGGUUUGCAGGACACAGGUAUACGGCAAUUCGAACAGCCGGUGCUGGUGAAGAGUAGCUAAGCGUUUGUCGGUGCUGAUCUUCUGCUUGCAUAUUGGCCAUGACGAUUAGAUUUCUACUUCUCGUCAAUAAACAGGGACAGACUCGGUUGGCUCAGUACUACGAGUAUAUGAGCUUGGAGGAAAGAAGGGCACUCGAAGGCGAGAUUGUUCGGAAGUGCUUGGCACGCUCAGACCAACAGUGCUCUUUCGUCGAACACCGCAACUACAAAGUGAUCUACAGGCGGUAUGCAUCACUCUUCUUCCUUGUUGGGGUCGACGGGGAUGAGAACGAGCUUGGGAUCCUUGAGUUCAUCCAUUGUGUAGUGGAGACAAUGGACCGGUACUUUGGCAACGUGUGUGAACUAGAUAUCAUGUUCCAUCUAGAAAAGGCACAUUUCAUGCUCGACGAAAUGGUUAUGAAUGGGUGCAUAGUUGAAACGAACAAGGCUAACGUACUACAACCAAUCCAGCUCAUGGACAAAGCUGGUUGAAGAAUCUACUGGUACAACGAUAUUGAAAGUGGUCAAUCUGCUAGGAGGUAGAUAUACAGUCAUUACAUAAAUAAGUGCACUGAUUUGCAUCAGGG